GUGCUUGCGCUUGCUUUGCUUGGUUGACUUGGUUCUUGUGCAUAAUGCAGAGCGAAGCAAAAUAAUAUCCUUUCCUUAAUUUAAUUUGUGCUCUUCAUUCAACUUUAUUAAUAAAAUUUUGGUAUUUGUUCCGAACAGAUUAUUGUUCAAUAGUUCCCAAGAAAUCAAAUUGCGAACCGGCACAAUGUCUGAAAAAGACAAAUCGAAAUCCAGCAACCAAGCCAAACACAUACCAAAAGACGCUCAAGUGAUCAUGUCGAUCAUGAAAGAAGUUGGUGUGACGGACUACGAGCCUAGAGUCGUGAAUCAACUUCUAGAGUUUACUUAUCGAUACGUGACCUCGAUAUUGGACGACGCGCGCGUUUUUGCCAACCACGCGAAGAAGAAGUCUAUAGAUAUCGAAGAUGUGCGGCUGGCGGUACAACUGCAGCUGGACAAGUCGUUCACGAACCCGCCGCCGCGGGAGGUGCUGCUGGAGAUCGCGAGAGUGAAGAAUGUCAAUCCCCUGCCGUUGAUUAAGCCGCAUUGUGGGCUACGAUUGCCCCCUGAUCGUUACUGUCUAUCAGCAUGCAACUACCGUCUCCGGCCAGCUUUCAAGAAGGUUGUGUCUAAGCCGGCCGUGGUCCCCACCCCCACCGUCAAGACAGUCACAUCUUCCAAGGGUGCGAGCCAGAAUGUGGUUGUGAAGCGGCCGAGUGGGGCUAUAGUCAAUGUGUCAUCGGCCAAGCCCAAUGUUGUGCCUAAGCCUGUGCUGAAGUUUACUUCGGGCAGCAAGGUGGUAGCCAAACCUGCCGUGCGCGUGACCGCGGGGCCUUCCACACAGGGCCCCGUCAAGAUGGAGCUCGACCCCAUGGAGUCCGGGCCCAUGAAGAGGAAACGGGAGGAUGAUGACUACGACAUGUAGAUAGAUCUUGGUAAGAUAAGUGUGGCUACCAGUGGCGGGGCGUGAAAAUUUUCGUUGGUAAAGCCGGAGGGGUUUUUGGCAUCUGUUUUGUAUGGACUUCUACAGAUACUAGAGAAUUUUAGGGAACCCGUUGGGAAUCGAGUUGUAUCGACGCUCCGCCACUGGUGGCUACAGACUAGCGUUUUAUACGUGCAUAUAAUUAAUUAACCAC